GAAUGACGCGGCUGGGUGUCGGUACUUUUGAAAUGAAAACAAACUCCUCCGCUCUGCUUCUGGUUUUAUUCGCUUUUGUCUAAUCGAUACACAAAGUUGCGUAUCAUUAAAAGAACAGGAGCUCGUGGGAGUGAACAGAGAUGAGGCGGGAAACCGAAGAACAAAUUCACCAAACCUGGGAGAGGACCGGGUGUUAGCAUGACGAGCUAGCUGGCUCACUUACAUUCCCACCACGAACAGUGAGACACAAUGUUACAGCGUGGCUAGAAGCUGACUCUGCAGACGUGUGUUUGCUUUUAAAGACAGCGUUACUGCUUUCUUUCCGCCUGAAUCUUGUCGACAUGUUUUGAGCACACCCAGCCCCCGUCCAGCUGCUCCAACCUGAAGGAGCCGGCUCUCUGUGCAGGCUGGUUAACGCACAGCUGCGGACGUGCUGGCAUGUCCUCUCCUGGUGUGAGACAAAGUACACCAUCAUGGACGACUCGGACCAGGAUUUUGUAGAUCUCUGCUCAAAGCUGCUUAAACGAAUCCGCAAGAAACCAGGUGAGCCCAAGCAGCCGAGGAGAGCCGAGCCUCAGCCCUCCAGUCAGACAGGGGACAGAGACAAGAGGAGGAGAAACAACAAAAGAGAGGGGGACUCUGGGUCUAAGAGUGCUGGGAGCCAGUCUGUGUGUGCGGCAGCAGAGCAGCAUGAGGUCUGUGGAGAGACUGGACCUGAUUCAAGAGACGCUGGGUCGUCUGCUGAGAGGGGUUUGGCAGCGAAAGACAAAGUGCUGCACAGAAUGCAACAGUUCAAGAGGGUCAGUCCACCGAGGAUGGGACACAAGGACCAGAACCACUGUGCUCCUCCUCCACCUGUGGUGCAAAGACAAGAUACCGCAGAGUCCAGUAGCUCAGGCCUCCACCCGGAGCCCCAGGACAGUGACGAGGCUCUGGCCCUGCGGCUGCAGCAGGAGCUGGACAGGGAGGCUGCAGAUGUCCAGACGGUGGACCUGGAGGACGGAGGCCUCUUCUUCUGUCAGAUCUGCCACAGAGACCUGUCACACAUGACCCCUGAGGGGCGAACGCAGCAUCUCAACAGGUGUUUAGACGAUAGUGAAGAGAGCGCCCCCGCCGCUCCUCCUCCUGGUGUCCCCGACUGUCCCAUCUGUGGCAAGAAGUUCAAGUCCCGGAAGAGUCGCUCGGCCCACCUGAAGCGCUGCUCCUCAGACAUGGGCGUCCCUCCGGCUGUGCUGCUGCAGGUUCUGCAGAGACAGACUGAGGAGACCCAGAGUGUCCCCACUGCUAGCACACUUACGGAGACUGGAGGCACCAAAAGAAAAGGCUCGUCCAAGCCAGGUCUCCCAACAAGGAAGAAGCCCAGAAAGAACACUGAACCCCUGGACGAAGACACUAUGGUGGCCCUGGCUCUGUCCUCCUCCUUGCUGGAACAGGAGAGGGAGUCAGAGAGACAGUUACAAACAGAGACGGCUGUCUCUCACUUCUCCUUGACUCCAGUGUUGAAGUGGAGGCCAGACGCAGGUAAAGGCCGUGGGAAGAGGAAAAAGGGCGCCGUCCCUCGACCUCCUCCGCUCCUCCUCGUUCAGGAUGCUGAGGCGGCUCUGACGAGGAUGCAGGAACGGGUUUCUGCUCUCCUCCUACGCAGCCGGGCCCCCUCUCCCCCCACUCCGACCCGCUGCCCCAGUCGUCUGGCUAACUGUGGCGGUGCUGCCCCCCUCUGGCAGAAGAGCACACUACUGGAGGGAGGCUCCACCUGUCUGUCUGAUUUCUACACUCCAGAGCUCAGAGAGUUCAUCACGCCAUGGCAACCGGCACUGACUGAAGCAGCCUCCUCCAGCACCAUCAACAAGCCUGAGUCCUCUGUCCAACCUGCGAGUGAAGGAACUUCUGUCGCAAGACCCGGACCCUCCACCCUGCCAUCCUCCACCCUGCCAUCCUCCACCCUGCCAUCCUCCUCCUCCGCUCCCUCCACCCCAGGGACGGGGCAGCUCCCAGUGGGCAGCCAGGCAUUCCGUGACCUGAUGGAGCUGGCUGAAGACGGCAUGACCUUUACUCAGUAUGGUUACACCGCUUCAGGCCCAGACGAAGGCAAGAGUGCUGGUCCGAUCACAACCCUUCAUCUGAGCGGCUUCGUUCCGGAGGAGUCUGAGGAACGGGGUGACCUCUGCAUGAGCGGCUUUGUACCAGAAAAAACACACAAACGCUCAGACGACACAGACAGCCAAGCGAGGAGGCUGACGGGUCAGCACGGAGCAAAUAAAGAGCGAGGCAGCCAUCGAUCAGCGGCGCUAUCCCGACUGGCAUCAGACCUGAGCAGCAUGGUGAACAACCCUCAGCUCAGUGACGUGCAGCUCCAGGUGGACAGUGGAGAGGUCUACUUUGCUCAUUCCUUCGUGGUGUACGCUCGCUGCCCCCUGCUGGCAGAAAUGGUGCAUGAAAGUGGUUUUGGGGUGCAGGAGGAGGGAAUGCCUGCAGCCCAGAGGGUGUUGAUGAGCGACGUCCCGGGACAGGCAGUGUUUGCUUUGCUGCGAUACCUCUACACAGCCCACUGCUCCAUCCCAGCAUCCCUGCAACCUCAUGUACUGGAGCUUGCAUCCAGGUUUGACUUGCAGGAGCUACAUCAGCUUUGCGAGCUCCACCGAGACGAUGCAGCGACUUAUGGAGAUGAGGAAGACGACAUGCACCAGGAUGAGAAUGUUAACAACCAAACAGACCAGGCCUUUAUGGAGCUGCUCCGCUCCAUGUGGAAUGAAGAGGAUGAAGACAACGAGGGUACGGAUACAGACGGAAGAAGCGAUGAAGAGAAAGGAUUGAAAGAAGAUCAUCAAGCCGACCACCUCGCAGCAGCUGACAGAGAGAUUUGUGAGGAGAAAGUGAACGAGGAAGAGCUGGAGGAGAUCUAUGAUUUUGCCGCCACGCAGAGAAAGAGGGAGGAGGAGCAAGACAGCAUGGAGGAGGAGGAUGGGAUAGAUGAAGAAGAAGUGUUCACAAAACUAUUAGAACCCAAAAAAAGGUCAACUUGUCUCAGCAUAAAAAACCAACUUGAGCCGGACCCAAGCCUAGAUCGGAGCUACAACCGCCUCUUCUCAGACUCCUGGGGGGUCUAUGAGGAAGGAGACCCUUUAUCAGUACCCUCUACCUCUGGCCAGCCAACUUUGUUUCAGUCUUCAGCAAGCGUAGUAGACGACCUUUCCCUCAGUCCUCCACCCAGUGUAUCCAACCUGCCUGUCCCAGGUCAGUCCCCUGGUCAGGUGGGUGACUGGGGAACAGAUGCUCUUAACCGGGACGUGCCUCAAGAAGGUCUACAUUUAAGGCGAGACAGCCAAGGUCGUCAUAGUAUUUGUGUCCCUCUUUCUUCUGAUUCGCCUCAGAAACAGAAGGAACCUGAGCUCAUAGUUUUGUCUGACUCAGGUGAGGAGAUGGAGGUAGUUCUCAGUUCUCGCAGUCCUUCGCCACAUUCCCCUUGUGCUGUCCAGAGCUACACCCAGAUCAACCCCCGGUCAGUCCUAAAACCUAAUGAACCGGCCCUGGAAAAUAAAAAGUCCAGUUUAGAGUUUUCUCCUGAUGAUCCAUCCUCACCAGUUCAAAGUCAUCCAGGUUCCGGGUGUGACCAGAGUCUAGUGGACUGUUCUCCCGAAGUGUCCUGGCUGAUCCCAUCAACACCGCUCCAACAUCAACGGAGCGUCACAACCAGCUCCACUCAGACCAAAAGUAGUAUGUGCAGAACGCAGCUGUUCCCUAAAGAUGACGUUUCUUCAUCCUCUGUUUUCUCUUCUCCCGCUUUACCAUUUAACAACAGACUUCAGACAUCCAGCAGUCCAGGCAGAGUUCCUCCCGAUGUUGGGGUGUUUGCGGUUCCCCCAAGCCAAGCUAAGCACUCACGCCCGUCAAAUUCUACUUCCUCAAAGCAGGAUACACCCCUUCACCUCCAUCCCCAGCCUUACAGCAGCACUCCCCUGCACACAGAGCUCCUCUUGCCCCCUGUCCAUCUUUCCAGCUCCCCACUCCAUAGCAACCUUGAUACGGUAGGGUCGACAAGUCAAGGAAGGGAUAGGGCGCCAUCUGUCAGCCCAGACAAGACAGAGUUGGGGAGCUUUCAUCUUUCUCCCCUGUCGGACCGUUCAGUGCCACCUUCUUCUUCAUCUAACAGAGGUCUUCAAAGUUCCCAGAGACAGAGCGAUUCCUCCCGUCAAAGUCGACAAUCUGUUGAAUCCAGCAGUCACAACAACACAGGACUGGAGCUCAAGAGGACAGGAAUAAGAGAUGAGGAAGGAGAAAGAGAAAUGGACUGUGAAAAUAAAGACACAGAUGAAGAGGGACAGCAGGAAGAAGUAAAAGCACAAACUGAAGUGGCAGAAGUUGAAUCCACUUUCCAACAGAGUUUCAUGGCCAUGGACGAGCCCCCAAUAGCUUUCAACGACUCUUGGGGCUUCAACGUCUGUGUGGAUGAAAACCCGGGCUGCUUCAGUCUGAGGCUGGAGGACAGCAGAGGAUCCAGCCAGCAGGAGCGCAGCCCGGGACAACGAGAAACCGCUGGUUCGUCUUCCUCUACUGACUGUCAACCUCCAAAAUCUAGUCUUAGUGUCCGUUUAUUGAACAGCCAUGGUAGCGUGACCUCAUCCUCUCCAUCCAAAGCCCACAGCAGACAACCAUCCACCAGUGUACAGGCUCAUACCGGCCAGUCGUUCACCCUCUCACCACCUCACCCCACCACCGGGACCACACCAGAGAUCAACGACAGCCUCCUAGACUCCAAAAUAUGGGACAGCUGGGAUGAGGACGAGGAGGAAGCUCUUCCUCUCUCUCAGAGGGUGAACCCUUCUGCCCACCUUAAAACACCAACAGCACCACACAAUAAAAGGCGUCGAACCCUGGUGCCCAUCACUCCCAUGCCCCACUACUCUGACAUGGACACACCGGAUCUCAAGAACAAACUCAACAGGUUUGGUGUUCGGCCUUUACCCAAGCGCCAGAUGAUCCUCAAGCUGAAGGAGAUCCACCAGUACACCCACCAGCUUGCCAUCUCUGACUCUGAGGAUGAGGAACCCUCUGUGGGACACGUAGCUCAGAGGAAAGCCCAACCCACCAGUCCGUUGGCCGCUGGCAACAAACCGGUCUCCUGCGCCCAAACAGCGAAGUUUAAAGAGCCCAGAGUGCCCGCUGCCACCUCACCAUUGAAACACAACAGAGAGGAGGACGCAGAGCUGCUUUCUGCCUCACAGGGGUCCAACACCUCCUCAACUGCUGCCAGUGAAGAAUCUGAAAGGUCCAACCCAGAGCUGUGCCUGUCCUCUGAUGUCGACUCAGACAGCGAUGGCGGCUUCUCUGCCUCCCAGACGGCAACACGCCUGCAGGAUCGCCUCCGGGCAGUGCGCUCCUUCAUCCUGUCUGACUCCAGACUGUACACUCAGAUCCUCCAGUACCAACCUCUGGUCCUGUCCCAGCUCCAGCAGCGGCUCAAGGCGGCCGGGAUCCGCCUGGGUGCCGCCAAGCUGGUGGACUACCUGGACUCCCAGUGCAUCACCUUCACCACAGCCAAGCCGGGCCACUCGGCACCCGGCCGCAGGCGGGGCAAGAGAACGGGCAGAGGGGCAAAGGCGGCGGGGGAAAAUGGAGCAAGUAGGAAAAGAGGUGUUCCUGCCAUGCAAUGAAAGUGACUGCAAGAAAGGUUUAAGUGGAAACAAGACUUUGAGAAGUGGCAGAUGUUACGUUAGUGCAGAACAUCUGUCUGACAAUAACUUUAGACGGAAGAAGCAGUGUGUGUGUGUGUAUAUAUCACUUUUUGUAUAUAUCACAUUUCCUCAGGAAAGGUUUUGUAUUUAAGUUUUUUGUUCCAAAUGUUACAUUUAUUGUAAACUCAACUGUGAAAA